AUGAACGCCUUGAAGUCUAUGUACCGCAAAUGCGUGGAUAUAGAAGAAUUGGAGAGGAUUGGUUCUCAGCGCCUGCUUCAAAGUUAUGGUGUGUGGCCGAUGGUAGAUGGUGACGACAAAUGGCGAGUUGAAGAUUUCGAUUUAACGUCAUUAAUGAUUCACGUCAGCAAAGUGAGAGGACUCAACGUUUUUGUCACCAACUAUGUAUCUCUUGACAAUAGAAACGUCUCAAGAAGACUAGUCAAGUUCGAUCAAGCGGAUCUCGGUCUGGGUGAGAACUCACGUGAAUACUACAUGGAUUCAGCAAAGUACGGCAGAAAGCUAGAAGCCUACAGACGUCUUCUCAUAGGAGAGGUAAGAUUAAUUCACGAAUAUGCUAAUCUCACGAUUAACUCUACAAAAAUCGAAAGCGAUGUGAAUGAGAUACUUGAAUUUGAAACGAAGAUUGCCAAAAUCAUGGAGGACGAAGAUAGUCGAAGAGACUGUGCUAAAAUGUACAACCUUCGGCGACUUAGUGAUAUGAAGAAGCUAACGCCCAUGAUUGACUGGUUCAGAUACUUCAAAACCAUCGCACCGAACUCUGUGCGGAAAUAUUUUGCGACCAAUCCAAAUAUUCUGAUCGUAGAAACUGACUAUAUGAGAAGGUACUGA